AUGCGUUUAUCCCAACCGGUUAAUUCAAAUAAGGAUGUUAAUCGAAUAUCACAAUUUGCUUCAUGGCUUCUCGAUAUUAGAAAUGGAAAUAUCGGAACACCAGACAAGAAUGAUCCAGAAAGCAAAAACAUUAUACAAAUACCUCAUUGUUUCCUUAUCGAAUCAAGAGACAGAGGAUUAGAAUCACUAAUACAUAUUGUAUAUGGCAAAAAUCUAAUUUCCAAUCCAUCACCUGAAGAGUUAUCUGUUAGAGCCAUUAUUUGUCCGAAAAAUAAAAGAGCUGACCAAGUCAAUGCUUUAAUUCUAUCAAAAACUAAUAGUGAAGGGGUGGUAUACAAUAGCUGUGAUUCUAUUAAAUCACAUACCCAUGAUAGCUUAGAAUUAGAUAACUUUUAUCCCCAAGAUUAUCUAAACAACCUUCACUUUUCUGGUAUUCCUUCACAUACAUUAAUUUUGAAAGUUAAUACCCUAGUUAUGCUAAUAAGGAAUAUCAAUCAAAGAGAAGGUCUUUGUAAUGGAACACGUUUGAUUGUCACACAAUUAUUACCAUCUAUGAUUGAAGCUUCCAUAAUAACAGGAAUAUCUGUUGGGAAAAGGGUGUACAUUCCAAGAAUAAAAUUUGUACAUAAUACCUCUGACCUACCUUUCAUAUUUAUCAGAAAACAAUUUCCUCUGAAAGUACGUUACGCAAUGACUAUAAACAAAAAUCAAGGCCAAUCUCUUAAAAAGGUAGGUUUAUACCUCACAAGCUCUGUUUUCACACACGGACAACUAUAUGUGGCUUUGUCAAGAGCUACCUCACCACAUUCAAUAAAGAUUUUGCUACAACAAGAAGAAGCAUUACCAUUCAACUGUACUAGAAAUGUCGUCUUCAAUGAUUUGUUAGCAAGGGUUAAUAUGCAAGAGAGCAAUCUCCUCAACCAUGGAUAG